AUGCUUCGUAUCCCAUUAGGACGGUGCACAGUCCGCCGAUUUUCGAGCCGCCACCGACUAUCAGGAAGGUUGUCAAGUUCCGAAGCAAGACUCUCAGCUGAGAAAAAAAACCAGCUCAAGGCCGCCAAUAGACUUGUCAAGGUCGCUGAGCUUCUUGAUUCAUCCAAAAGAUUGAAGUAUACCACCAUGGAUUGCUACAAGAUUUAUGAUUCAGAGAAAUUCACACUUGUGGAUGAUUUUCUAGCUGUUAGGGAUCACGAAUCUCAGCACAUCGUUUUUGCUAAUUACAAGAAUUCCAAACUGAUGGCAGCAUUUAUCUUGGACCAAAUCUCUACUAUGCUCAUCAAGGGAAGAGAGGAGCAGGCCGUGAAGUUUAUGAGCAUCAUGGAAGAAAAUGGCCUUCUUGAUCGAAAAAAUAGCUCAACGCUACAUAUGUUAGCGAAUAAUACCCUUCCUACAUCUCGAAUUCGGACUUAUUUGAGCUGUGUGCUUGUGAGGGAGAACUUGAGAACGGGAGAGCCUUUAGUGGCUGCACUGUGUGCAUUAAAAUUGCUUGCCCAUGAUGCUGCCAUCGAUCCAUCAACUCUUACUGCGUUGAUUCAAAGUCUCUCAGUGAAUACUCCAAACAGAAAAACUUACCAUGCAUAUACCAUUUGCAAGCUCUUGAAGACAUUCAAGAACUACGACGUCAAUGAACAGGUGAAAAUUGAUGCCGUACAGUCGAUGAUAGGGGGGCCCGUUGUUCCAUAUUUUGCCAAUGUUUGCUUUGAUGAGAUGAUGGAGCAAAAGGAUAUCAUGAAGCACCCAUCUUUUCUUCGACUUGCUGCCCAGCUUAUUGAUGCCAACUUGGAGAAUGGCAAUACCUUAAGGUGUGUUCAGGUCUGGAAGCAAAUGUAUGAACGAGAUCCAUCCUUUGCAGAGAAGUACAUGGUGUUAUUUUCCAAAAUUAUCGAUAAACUUGCAGAUCACGAACACGAGAGGGCCAUGGAGCUCGCUGACAAAUAUUUCCCGGCAGAAAUCAGAAAGGAUCCACAAGCUAUUGAUUCGCUUUUAUCACUUUAUGGCCAGAAUUCGAAGCUGGUUUCCAAAUUCGAACAGUUAACUCAUGAGCUCAAAUCGCCGCUUCUGCGAAGCACCCUCUCGGUGCUUUUCGCUGCAUUUUUAUUUCAGAGCAAUGAGGUGGCCGCUGAGCGGAUUCUUCAGGCUAUUUUCAGCACUAAAAACGGCUUGACACCAGACGAUUUCAAGACGAUUAUUAAGAGGCUUCUCCGACAACAGAAGAUCAAGCAAUCUGUCACUAUGUGCGAAAGCACAGACUUCAGUGUUGCCAAAGGAGGCUACGUUGGGACCAUCGAGUUUUUAUUGACUCAUCCUCCACUGUCACUCCACUCUGCUUGUGACAUUGAACCUCAGCAACUAGAUAAGUUGAAACAUGAUUUCUUUGCAUUGGCAGUUCGAAAAUUCAAGCUUCUCGAAAGAGAUGACCCUGCAUUAACAAACCUUACUGUGUCCAUAUUCAAGUAUUUGUCUGGCCACAUCAGUAAUAAAGCGAGCCGCAAGCUUUACAUUGUCUUUCUGAGCACUUACGUUGCGCUGAAACCAUAUUUUGCAUUCCAAUCAUACCAAAUGCCUAAGGAGUUCAAUGACCUUGUACAUAUCGACAAGUCGAAUCGACUAACUUGUCUCACCAUCAUCUUGAACCGGGCUAUUGGCGAGAAGGAUCGCACUACCAUUGAAUGGGCCUUGGCUGAAUUGGUUGCUAUGGGACUUCUGGAAGGCGAGAUUGAAGUCAAUUAUCUUACUCCAGAAGUGGCAGCCAUACUUAACGACAAAUGA